AUGUACAGAGUUCAAUUCUUGCAGGAGUGGACUUAUUCUCCAAAACUGAUCACCUCUUGAAGAUUCUCAGAAAAGAAACUGGAAUCAUAUCUAUCGAGGCUUACCUUGACAAUAAAACUGGACAAAUUAUGGUCAAAAACAAGUCAGCCAAAGGAAGAGACUCAGAAUCUGUUCUUCAGCCAGAGUUGCCUCCAAUAUCACAAGCUGAGGCUAUCAAAAAUGGAGAAAACUUCAGCUCAUUUUGAUUUAACAAGAGAGUCAGGUUCUCGAAAAAGCAUGAUAGAGGUAAGCCUCCCAUUGUCAAAUCAGUUUCCCAGAAUCAUUCGUGGUCAAAUCCUUAUUGGACUACUCGCUUGAUGCUCGAGUUGGCUAAUCUGUUCUAUAGAGAUGUUCCGCAUACUCAGAGAACUCUGAGACACCCACUGAGUGUCUCUCUCCAACUUCUGCUCUGUCAGAAAACCUCUUGUGGAGAGUGCCCAGCAGGUACUCGACAAACUCUCAGAAGCAAUAAAGUGGAGGAACAGUAGAAAGGAGGAUCUUCUCAAGAGGAUUUCCAAAUAUGCGAAUGACCCAACUUUCUCUGUCAGAGAUGCAAGGUUGCUCAGAGACCUAGUGAAGUUGCAGAGCCAGGAGGGAGAUAUUGAUUUCACCUCCUUGCUCUAUUAUUUCCCAGGGAAGACAACUGAGCAGCUAGAGCAGCAGUACUUAAAAUCAGCAGGAAGAAAGCCAGCAAGAACAUCUAAUUUAUUAUAA